CUUUCGUCGUUUUAGUGUCUGCAAACAGUGCUUCACUGGUUUCAGAGUAUUAUUUAUUGCUAAGUGCAGCAUAAUUUAUUUGCGCUGUACAGAAGUUGCGUUUGUUCCCGCGCAACCCUGAGUUUCGGUUUCGGGUGACCACGUGACUAGCUUUGUUGUGAUAAGUAGCAUUAAGGCGUGGCUGCUUUUUUCCACUGAACGGCUCGUAAAAGUUGUUAUUUAUUGGACUUAAUGCUGACGCGGAAGCGGCAGCGGAAGUGGUGGCCCUCGUGUGAAGACCUACUUGGGUAAAGACCAGCGAGUCUACCUGUGCGAGUCCACCGAGCAAGGACACUGACAAGGCGCCACUCACCAAAGCACUUAAGUAUUUUUCUAUUCUAUCUCUUUUAUUAUUUUACUUAUACAUACAUACAUACUAACAUGUCUAGUUCACUAAUAACACAUGCCUUCAAGCACAUCCCUGUUAUCUGUUGUAGACCGUUCACAAGAUACAGAUGCAAGACAAAAUGCAACCCACACAACCUACGGCCGCUUUGCACUUCAACACCUGCUCCACUCUCGUUCUCAGUGGGACUCUGGAACUGCCAGUCUGCUGUGAACAAAGCUGCCUUCAUUCCAGCUUUCGCCACGCAGUCCACCCUCAGCAUCCUGGCACUGACAGAGACAUGGAUACGUCCUGAGGAUACAGCAACACCUGCUGCUCUCUCUAACAACUUCUCCUUCUCCCACACCCCUCGACAUACUGGUAGGGGUGGGGGAACAGGUCAGCUGACAAGCUUUCUUGAGGAAUUGGAUGUCCUGCUGUCCUCCUUGCCAGAGGAUGGCAGGCCACUUGUGGUUCUUGGUGAUUUCAACAUACACCAGGACAAACCCCAGGCCAUUGAACUGAAUACUCUUCUGGCCUCAUUUGACUUGGAAAGACUACACACCACAGCAACUCACAGGUCGGGCAACCAGCUGGACCUCAUUUUUACACACCAGCACGGACUACACCACCCAGCCCCUGGCUGUCUGACGUCCUUCGUGAACAUCGGACUGAUCUCAGGGCAGCUGAGAGGAGAUGGCGGAAAUCUAAAGAUCCAGCUGAUCUAGCCCAACGACACCACAGUGACCGUUCGAAUCGCUGCCUGUCUGGCAGACAUCUCGGCCUGGAUGAAGGAACACCACCUUCAACUCAACCCUGCCAAGACCGAACUCCUUGUCUUUCCAGCCAACCCGGCUGUUGAACACAACAUCACCGUGCAGCUGGGUCCAACUACAGGUUCGCCUUCCAAAACGGUCAGAAAU